GCAAUCCGAACGCCUGCCGGGCCAUGGGCCGGGGUCUCCAGCCGAAGGGGGUCCGCGUGAAGGAGGUGGCGGACUUCAAGGUUUACACCAAGGGAGCCGGCACGGGUGAACUGAAGGUCUUGGUCAAGGGACCAAAAGGAACAGAGGAACCAGUGAAGGUGCGAGAUGUCGGCGAUGGGGUUUACGAGUGUGAAUAUUACCCCAAAGUGCCUGGAAAAUACGUGGUGUCGAUUACGUGGGGCGGACACGCCAUUCCGAGGAGGUAGGCCACUCCACGGCGGCUAUCGACGUGGCAAACGUGGCCCUUUAUGGACCUCCAACCAGGAACAUCUGUGAGACCC